UGGAGAAAGAACAACCAACGAUCUAGUUAACAUAGCCUGUGCGGAGAAACGUGCCCAAAGUGAAGGAUGAUUUGCAAAUUAGUCACUAUUAUCCUUUUCUGUGGGGGGCUCCAACACUGCUCAUCACAAUGUGUCGAUCCACUGGUCUCUGGGCUCUACGCCUCCUCCUUCCUGGCCUCCUCCAGAUAUAACUUCCUCUACUCUGCCAAUUUUGCCAAACUGUAUGGAAGCAGUGGCUGGUCACCAUCCCAGAGGGAUCGGCAGCCAUGGCUGCAGGUGGACCUUGGCAGGAAGUACAGGCUGGUGGCUAUCGCCACCCAGGGCACCUUCAACUCCUAUGACUGGGUCACCAAGUACACCCUGCUCUAUGGAGACAGACCCGAUUCCUGGACCCCUUACAUCAUGAGAGGGGGCAACUCGACAAUGCCUGGGAACUGGAAUUAUUACCAGGUGAAGAGGAAUGUCUUCCACUAUGCCUUCACUGCCAAACACAUUCGACUGCUACCUCUAGCGUGGAACACUGAGAACGGAGGGAAGAUUGGUGUUAGACUGGAGCUGUUCGGCUGUCCCUAUGACUCCUAUGUCCUUCAGUACAAUGGGGAUGACUCUGUGGUCUAUAUGUAUCCCGGAAAGCGGUCCCAUACGCUACAGGAUCACUUUGCCAUCAACUUCAAGACGCUGGAGCAAGACGGCCUGCUGUUACACAGUGAAGGAGUUCAGGGAGAUGUCCUCACCCUGGAGCUGAAGAAGGGCCGUCUUUACCUCCAUAUUAGCUUAGGGAGCAGCACCGUACACAAGAUAGAUGGUCGUACCACGCUGACCGCCGGCAGCAUCCUCGAUGACCAGCACUGGCAUUAUGUCACCAUCAAGCGCUAUGGUCGUCAAGUGAACUUCACGGUGGAUAGUCAUUCAGUGACGGCUGUCUGCAAAGGAGAGUUUACCUACCUGGACCUGGACACUCAGUUGUAUGUAGGUGGCGUAAUAGAGAGCAAACUGCCCCACCUCCCUACCACGCCGAACUUCCGGGGCUGUCUGGAGAACGUCUUCUUUAACGGGAUCAACAUUAUCGACAUGGCUCAGAGAGAGGAGCCGCAGAUACGGAUACCGCGCAAGAUGCACUUUGCUUGUCGGGACAUUCUGCUCAAACCGAUGACCUUUGCUGGGCCCAACAACUACUUGCAGGUUCCCGGGUUUUUCAGGAAGCCGCGUAUGUUUGUCAAGUUUAAAUUCCGCUCUUGGGAUUACACGGGACUGCUGAUGUUUACACGCUUUGCUGAUGACCUGGGUGCUCUGGAGCUGGGCCUGAGCGAGGGACAGGUCAACGUCACUAUAUUUCAGCCUGGCAAGAAGAAACUACAGUUUGCUGCAGGGUACCGACUUAAUGAUGGCUACUGGCAUACGGUGGAUUUGGCUGCCAGAGACAACCUGCUGACCCUCACCAUUGACGAAGAGGAGGGCUCCCCGCUGAAGAUCACCAACCCCUUCACAAUACGCACAGGGGACCGCUACUUCUUCGGAGGAUGUCCAAAGACAAACAACACGAUAAGGAAGUGUGAGACAAAGCUGAACCAUUUCCACGGUUGCAUGCAGCAGAUCUACAUUGAUAAUGAGCAGCUGGACAUUGACAUUAUACUGCAGCGCCAGUGGGGGCGCUAUGCUGAACUGCUCCUAGGCACCUGCGGCGUCACUGACAGAUGUACCCCAAACCCAUGUGAACAUGAAGGAAGGUGUAUCCAGUCCUGGGACGACUUCAUUUGUCUGUGUGAGAACACCGGGUAUAAAGGAGAAGUGUGUCACAUGUCGGUUUAUAAAGAAUCAUGUGAGGCCUAUAGACUUAAUGGCAAAUAUUGGUCGGGCAACUACACUAUUGACCCUGAUCUCAGCGGACCCCUGAAACCAUUUGAAGUGUACUGCAAAAUGAAAUCGUAUAAGGCUUGGACAGUAAUAAUGCAUGACCGCGUGGAUAAGACGGCAGUGACUGGGAGCACUGUGGACCGGCCGUUCAUAGGAGAUGUCAACUACUGGAAUGCCUCCUGGGAUGAGGUCACUGCUCUUGCCAACACAUCCAUGUACUGUGAACAGUGGAUUGACUACUCCUGCUAUAAGUCACGCCUCCUCAAUACACCUAAUGGACGACCUUUUGGGUUCUGGGUUGGUCGUAACAAUGAAAGUCACUAUUACUGGGGUGGAACGUUUCGUGAGGUCCAAAAGUGUGGCUGCUCUAUCAACCAGACCUGCGUUGACCCCAAAUUUCAAUGCAAUUGUGAUGCUGACUAUAGACGAUGGCACUCGGACAAGGGCUACCUGGACUUUAAGGACCAUCUCCCAGUGAGGAAGGUGGUAGUCGGAGACACUAACAGAACUGGCUCACAAGCAUACUUCGUAGUCGGUCCGCUCCGCUGUCAUGGCGACAGAAACAUUUGGAACACCGUAGCCUUCACAAAGCCCACUUACAUAACCUUCCCAACCUUCAAGCCCGGCCCCAGUGCUGACAUCUCCUUUCACUUCAAAACCUACCGACACAACUGUGUCUUUCUGGAGAGCUCUGAUGACCACCUUCGAAACUUCAUACGUGUUGAGCUCAACACUACCCAUAAUCUUUUGUUUAUAUUUAUGGUUGGCGAUGGCAUCCUUAACGUGACCCUCAAUUCUCCUGUGCCGCUUAAUGAUAAUGAGUGGCACUUUGUCCAGGCUGAGAUCAACGUGAAACUUGCCCGCAUCAAAGUUGACUACCAGCCGUGGACUGUCAGACGCUUCCCAGCUCAAACCUUCGUCACAAUGAAGUUCACACAACCUCUCCUUGUCGGCGCAGCCAACAAAACCCACAGACCUUUCUUGGGCUGUCUGCGAGGCUUACGGUUAAAUGGUGUGCCUCUGGACCUAGAGGGGAAAGUGAAUGAAGAGCAAGGUAUUCGGAGGAACUGUACUGGCCAGUGUCUAAAUGCUACCAUACCAUGUCGCAACAGUGGCCAGUGUAUAGAGGGCUAUGUCUCAUACACGUGUGACUGUAACAACACAGCUUUUGAUGGUUUCUACUGCCAUAAAGAUAUUGGAGCCUAUUUUGAAAUCGGCUCGUGGCUGCGAUACAACAUUCGAAAAAAGCCCAUAUCAGAUGAGGCAGCAUGGGCCAACUGGAUCGAUCCGCACUAUGACAACUUCAGCCUGGGCUACAAUGACACGGCAGAUGACAUCGAGUUCAGUUUCAGCACCCUCCACACCCCAGCUGUGUUGCUCUACAUCAGCUCCUUUGUGCAGGACUACAUGGCUGUCAUCCUCAAGACUGACGGAACCCUUGAUCUGAGAUAUAAGUUAGGGCUGAUAACCCACAAGUACCAGCUGACCCAUCGAAACCUUGCAGAUGGAUACCCUCACUAUGUCAACAUAACCAGACACAACAGGACUAUCAAGACCCAGGUGGAUUACAUGGAGCCCAUAGUGGAAAAGAUAACCUUAGUAGAGGAUGCAAGAUUUGAUUCCCCCAAGUCCAUGUUCCUGGGGAGAGUGAUGGAGGUUGGUGACAUUGACUAUGAGAUCCAGAGACAUAAUGCCCCAGGCUUCAUAGGCUGCAUAUCCGGGGUGAGGUACAAUGUCUAUGCCCCUCUGAAGACCCUGUUCAGGCCAAACGAAACAGACCCUCCGGUAACCGUCCAAGGUUAUGUGUCCGAGUCCAACUGUGGCGCCUUCCCUCCCAUCCUGGGUUAUGUACCAUGGGAGGUGGAUCCCUGGUUCACUGGAAUAGAAUAUAUCUAUAUUCACGAUGACUUGGGUUUGUUCUGGAUAACAGUCAUCAUCAUCCUGGCAGUGCUGCUGUUGUUCGGAGGCUUGUACAGCAUCUACAUAUAUGUGUACCAGCAGAAGGGCAGCUACCACACCAAUGAACCCAAGAACCUUGAGUCACCCAGCAGCUCAAGGCCGCUGACUGAGACCCUGAGGAGAGAGAAGAAGAACCUCCCGCAAAUUGAGGAGGAGUUCAGGAGCGACUAGUGUCACAGGACC